GCGACCUUUACUUUGUCAGGAUGUCUCUUCCCCGUUCCAACUAUGACCCUAGACGGGUUUGCUUGAAUCCUUUCCCCGUCCUGAAUAUCGGCAAGCACAGGCGGACGAUUGGGAUAUACCUAGCCGGUGGUCUGUUCGCAUUGGCGAAUUGGACCUUCCUUGACGCUGCUAUCCUCUCCGCACACGCACACCCGCCGUACGAUGAACCGCAGCUCCCCGCACCCGUCCACGUCGGUUUCACCGACUGGGUGCCCGGGAUCUGCUCGCUGCUUGGAAUGCUUAUCAUCAACUUGAUUGACAAGGACCGGGUUCGCGGAGAGGAGGGCUUUGGUGACAGUGGGGCAGUCUGGCGCGCACGGCUGAUCCUCUUUAUCGGCUUCGCGCUCAUGGCAGGCGGACUUGCGGGUAGCGUGACGGUCCUGGUCCUCAAAUAUGUGCUCGAGGAGUACGCGGAGCAAUACACCUACUAUGGCUAUGCGAACGUCUCGCAGAAUGUCGCACUCAUGCUUUCUACUAUCGUCCUCUGGAUCUCUCAGAGUGUUGGGAGUGAAUAUGAGUACAAUUUGUCUAUAUGAUACUCCGUGACACUGUAUCGUAUCCUGAUGGAACAUAUUCGUAUCGUUCUAUGUAUUGAUGUCAAUUCUUCGUGUUUU